CCAUUUAAUUCCAGCUUUGAAUGCUUCUCCUCCUCCCUCCUCUCUUUCUUUUUCUUUCUGUAAUCAUAAACAACAAUUAAACCAAUGCAUCUCUCUCUCUCUCUCUCUCCAAUGCUGAAAUUUGAAAUAAUUCCCUUUCCUUAAAUUUCUAAACCCCUUCCAUACUUCAAAUCCACCGCCAUAUAAGAGACACAAAAAUGGGUGCGUACAGGGCCGACGACGACUACGACUACCUAUUUAAGGUGGUUCUGAUCGGAGACUCCGGCGUCGGUAAAUCCAACCUCUUGUCACGAUUCACCAAAAAUGAAUUCAGUUUGGAAUCUAAAUCCACCAUUGGUGUUGAAUUCGCAACACGCAGCAUACACGUCGAUGAUAAGAUUAUAAAGGCACAAAUUUGGGAUACCGCAGGACAAGAAAGAUAUCGAGCGAUCACAAGUGCAUAUUAUCGAGGCGCUGUCGGUGCAUUGCUUGUGUAUGAUGUUACAAGGCAUGUAACUUUCGAAAACAUGGAGAGAUGGUUAAAGGAACUUCGGGAUCACACAGAUGCCAACAUUGUAAUUAUGCUUGUGGGGAACAAGGCUGAUCUUCGUCACCUGCGUGCCGUGUCCACUGACGAUGCUAAGGCAUUUGCUGAAAGAGAAAAUACGUUUUUUAUGGAAACGUCUGCGCUCGAGUCUUUAAAUGUCGACAAUUCUUUCACAGAAGUGCUCACUCAAAUAUAUCGAGUUGUUAGUAGGAAGACUCUCGAGAUUGGAGAUGACCCUGCUGCCUUGCCCAAAGGACAGACAAUCAAUGUUGGCAGUAGAGAUGAUGUUUCAGCUGUUAAAAAGGUUGGAUGCUGUUCGGCGUAGUUUGAGUGAUAAUAGAAACGAAAUGAAAGUCUUCACAACAAACAGUAUAUCUAUCUGUGAAUGAGUCAACCAUUCCUCAGUAUUUAGGAUCCAUGUGAAAUGUUUUAAUACCUAAGCUUUCUUUUUUGUAUUUUUUCCCACAUGUUUUGUCGAGUUAUUAUUUUGCCACUUUUUUUACUAAGUGUUGUUUGGUCAUAGGGAUUAUAUCAUUUUACCCUUAGAUGUAAGAAAGUACACUGUAUUAAAUGAAAGGGAUAUCCUGUCACUAGGUUGUUCAGAAGUUACAAUACUUGUUACUCUUCCUCUAAUUUUCUUUACCACUGGAAAAAGAAAAGUUCUUUUGAUAGAGACGAGUAUUGUUCAAUCCUGAAUUUGUAAUGUGCAUAUACUGCUUAAUGCUGUUCUGAUGUAAAACUAUCAACUUAAUCUUUAUAACGUUUUUGUUAUUGGCA